AAAAAACAAAAUGCAAAUGGUAUAAACAAACAAAGAAAACGAAGGGUGAGGCUAUUGGGCGUUGCACAUUGGAACACGAAAUCGGAAUCUGAUCAUUUAUGAUUUUAUGGUUCCAAUCAAAAAGGCAUAACAAUUUAAUAAUAAGUAGUUUGAGUAGCAGUAGCAGAAGGUUGUAUUAUUUUAUUAUGUAUGUUUUGGGGUCAGAGUAGAGUACGAACAGGAACAGCCAAGCCAUGACGACAAUGAGUUUUAGUAUUCUGAAUCCCACGUGCGACUCGGGCUUCCUCCCACUGAAGAAGACGCUCUCUUCCCCACAAACCCAAACAACUCCCAAUAAACUCAAACCCCAUAUUCUCUUCUCUCGGAGGUCUUCCAUGGAGGCUGUUGCUUCUUCUUCUUCUUCUUCUGCUGCAUCGCAUACUCAUACCAACAACAGCAGCAGCAGCAGCGGUGGCAGCCUGUGGAAGCAGCUGCACAAGGGCAUAGCCGAGUUUUACGACGAGUCUUCCAGUCUCUGGGAGAACAUCUGGGGAGACCACAUGCACCAUGGCUUCUACGACCCUGAUUCAUCAGAUGUCUCUCUUUCCGACCACAGAGCUGCCCAGAUUCGCAUGAUCGAGGAGGCCCUCCGAUUUGCUGGUGUGGGUUCGGACGAGGAGAGGAAGCCGAAGCAGUUGGUCGAUGUUGGAUGUGGGAUUGGAGGGAGCUCUCGAUACCUGGCCACCAAAUUUGGUGCCAAAUGUCACGGCAUCACUCUCAGUCCUGUCCAGGCGCAAAGGGCCAACGCUCUAGCAUCUGCUCAGGGAUUGGCUGAUAAGGUAUCAUUUCAAGUUGCAGAUGCUUUGGAGCAACCAUUCGAAGAUGGGCAAUUUGAUCUUGUUUGGUCCAUGGAGAGUGGCGAACACAUGCCUGACAAAGCAAAGUUUGUGAAUGAGCUGGUUCGAGUGGCAGCCCCAGAUGGCACCAUAAUAAUAGUGACAUGGUGCCAUAGAGAUCUUGGUGCUGGUGAGGAAUCAUUAGAGGAAUGGGAGCAAAAUCUGCUCAACAAGAUAUGCGAUGCUUUUUAUCUCCCGGCUUGGUGUUCCACUGCUCACUACGUCCAAUUGCUCGAAUCCCUCUCCCUUCAGGAUAUCAAAGCAGCAGAUUGGUCUGCAAAUGUUGCUCCUUUCUGGCCUGCUGUCAUACGCUCCGCCCUCACAUGGAAGGGCUUCACCUCGCUCCUGCGCAGUGGAAUGAAAACCAUAAAAGGAGCACUGGCAAUGCCAUUGAUGAUACAAGGAUUCAAGAAGGGUGUGAUCAAGUUCGCCAUCAUCACAUGUCGCAAACCCUAACAACAACACAAUAUUAUUAUUAUUCAUGUUCUGCAUUUUUAUUUUUUAUUGGGGGGAAUUUACUAAUGAAAUGCUUGGAUUGGAUUGGGGGGAAUCCAUGUUCCCACCCAUGCACCAAUGUCUUCUUUUCCUUUUUCUUUUGGCCUUUUUCAAAGUAAAACAUUGUUUCAUUUGAGUAGUUAGUGUGUGAUACGCUACUAGUACUAGUAGUAGGAGUGGCUUUAAGCUGAGAAAGUCACAUUGGAACUUAAUUACAAAUUAGUGGUUUAAUUUGCCAUUAAUGGUUUGGCAGUAACAAACUAACUACUACAUAAGCAAAAAUAAAUGCCCAUAUUAUUAUUA